AUGUCAAUAAUCUGCAAAAGGCUUAUUGCAUUGGUUUUGUGCUGUUGAUCUUUUUUCCAAUUUUAUUGUACUUCCGGUACAGCGCACUAAUUUAAAGUUUCUCAUUUUCACUUUAGUCUGUUUUUCCGCAUAAUCACGCUAUUCAGGCGUCAAAGUUCCACUUUCCUAAAAUAUUGAAUCACAUUCCACAGAAUCUUGUGUAUAAAAUUAAAUUUAAUGAACAAUGAAAGAGAAAUAUAUUUAAUUCGGAUGUGUAGAAAAAUAGUGUUGUUCGGUCAGCAUGGAGAAGAAUAAUACUUGUCCUAAGCCGAAACCAGAGCGGGAUUCAUUGUCCAAAGAGGAACUCCAGUGUCGCGUGACACAGCUAGAAGCACAUGUUGCACAGCUGAAAAAUAUCAUUAAGAAGCAGCAUGAGGACAAAACACGUACAACACCAUCAAAGAGGAAACAAAGAGAGUUUGACUUUACAAAAUGUAGCAAGAGGCAUGUCCUCCUGAAGAUAUUGUAUGUAGGGUGGGACUAUCAUGGUUUUGCAGUGCAGGAUGAAAUUCCAAAGACCAUAGAAUCAGCAUUGUUUGAUGCUUUAAACAAAACAAGGUUAAUCGAAAACAGGGAAACAUCUAAUUAUCACAGGUGUGGAAGGACAGAUAAAGGAGUCAGUGCAUUUAGUCAGGUUAUAUCUAUUGAUCUGAGGAGUAAUCUAUCAGAAGGUCCAGGUGUUAUAGUGCCAGAGGGUCACAAUGUUAGCAACAAAAAAGGCAACGGGAAGGAAGAGAUCCAAUAUAUGAAAAUCCUGAACAAGGUACUUCCACCAGAAAUUAGAGUUUUAGCCUGGAGUCCUGUGGAACCAGACUUCAGUGCAAGAUUUGACUGUAAAGAGAGGACAUACAAAUAUUUCUUUCCAAGAGGGGACAUGGAUAUCGAGAUAAUGCGGGUGGCUGGUCAAAAACUGGUGGGUACCCAUGAUUUCAGAAACCUCUGCAAGAUGGAUGUCGGAAAUGGAGUUGUUACUUUCAUGCGCCGUAUCAUGAGCGUUAACAUAGAAGAGGAGGAUCCCAGCCCCACCAGAUUGGAUGGCUAUCGGAUGUGUACAUUAACAGUCGUUGGCCAGGCUUUCCUGUGGCACCAGAUCCGUUGCAUUGUAGCAGUGCUGGCCCUCAUAGGUCAAGGUAAAGAGAAAGCAGAGGUGGUAGAUGAGUUAUUAGAUGUAGAGAACAACCCACGUAAACCUCAAUACACUAUGGCUCUUGAGCUUCCAUUGAACUUGUAUGAAUGUCAGUAUGAAGAUGUCACGUGGCACUAUGAUCACAUAUCACAUGGUGACACCUUAAAACAUCUUCAGAAUCUCUGGGCAACCCAUGCAAUCAAGACCACCAUGAUAAAAAAUAUGCUUGAUGACCUUGCUAAAGUACCAGUGGCACUAAAAGAUGGCACUGAACUAGAGCCUGUUACUGUUAAGUGCCAAUCAGACUGCCUUCUACCUGGAAACAAACCUAGAACAUACCAACCACUACUAACCAGGCACACAUGUGAGAGCUUAGAGGAGAGGAUCGAGUAUUAUGCAAAACGAAGGAAACUAAACACUUCCUCCACACCAGAGACUAUAGAGGAUAAAACCUGAGAAAAUGAAAUAUGUUGAUUAAUAAACUGAGAAUUGUUUGAAAAGCUACCAAGAUGAGACUGAAGCAAUUGUGAAAACAAGUUAUGUUAUGAUUGGACUAUAGUAGUAUUGUGAACUUUGUGUCAAGUAUGCUGAUUGCAUUUUUGUACAUGUUGCCAAAGAAAUACAAUUGUAU